AUGAUAUCAAGUAUUUCAAGUAAUUCAGAAUAAAAUCUCGACUAAAACAAUCUUCCAAUUUUAUCAUUUCUGAACAAUUAGAGGAAGAGAUCAAUCCAAUAUGUUAAAUUUAAGAUGCAAACAGUAAAAGUUUAUAAAAACUUUGCUUGCUAUCAAGUUGAGGUAAAUGAGUAAGGAAAAAUAUGGAUUAUGGAAAUACGCUAUAGCACCUUAUAGCAAUUCUAUUAAAAACUUAAGGAAUAUUAUGAUGUUAAACUAACAUUCCCUGGUAAACUUUUCUUUGGAAACUUAUGUCCAAAUAAUUUGAAAAAAAGAGCCAUCGGAAUUUAAUAGUUUUUAUAAGAAUUAGGCAGUAAUUAUUAACUCAUUAAUUCUGAAGUGUGUUCUGAAUUUCUAGCAAAGCAGCAACACUAUGGCACUCAUGUAAUCGAUCUAACUGAGUAAGAAGAAUUCGAAUUAGACGCUUGA